AUGCAUCUCAAGGCUGACCAGCAGGGUGGUAAGUUAGAGCUAGAGUUUAGGAGGUUGGGGGGGGCCAGAGGACUCUUGGAGGCAUUAGAGAAGAGAGGAGGACAGAACACACAGAGGAGCUGCUUCUCUUUCUGCUUUUUAAUUGGCCUCUCUCCUCUACACACAACAGACUAUUGCUUCUCUUAUGAACUGUUCAAGAAGUGGUGGCAUGGGCACCGCCUGAUUAUACAGUGGCCCAUCCCCUCCUUAUUCUGGUGUUAGUGUGAUUAGGGAGUCCUUCUCUGUCCUGUGCUCCAGGAUCCCAGGGUCUGGGAGCAGGGUAAAUGGGUGGCAGGAGGCCAAGGGUUGGAUCAUGUUCUCCUGAAAUGCUGGGAAGCAGUUAGUCUUCUCCUCCUCCUACCAUUUUUCUGGAGAUUAGAACCAUAUUCUCUUACAGUUGUAGGAAGUUCAACAGCCUUCUCAAAAAUAAUGAUUGUUUGAAAGUUUGUUUUUUAAGGAAGCCAGGGAGAAGGUAUGAGUUUGAGGGGCUUAGAAACAGUUCCUCGUUUGAUCUAUCUUUCUGGGUCAGGGGAGUGAGUGGGAACCCACUUCUCCAUAGGAAUAAACCUAUUCAUCUCAUUUGUUCAGCGACAGAGACACACAGAACGUUUGGCAUGGCAUGGCAUGGCCACUGAGGGAGGCUUUGGGAGGAGGCUGAGCAGGUGGCCUUGAGUCAUUUGCCUUGCUAGGGCCCAGGUCAGGGGGCAAAGAAAUGUCCUUGAGCUCCUCCCUCACCGACCUGUAGAUACCCAGGUACCAGGUGUCCACCCAAGGGGGCCUUCACAAUGAUUCCCCAGGUGUUCAGAACAGUCCUUGCACACCCAGUAACCAGCAUCUGACUUAAAUAAAGUUGUGCGUUUUGGGAAACAGACUUCUCUACUCUGAGCUUGCCAAAAAAGUGUCCCAGGGCUCAGGCAUUUGUU